AUGUUCUAUCACAAAGAUGAUCAAACAGUAGGCAGGCCAGGGAUCACUGUGUUUGGCCGCGUCCUGCGUUUCUAUCGAACAUUUGAUAUUAUCGCAGCUUUACCUGCUAUCAUUGCCUCAAUGGUUAUGAUAUUCGGCGGAUUUCAGGACUGUCAGAAGACUAGUAUAAUCCAGAUAGCAGCAGCAUUACUUGCUAGCUCUGUGGUGAAAAGCGUAAUCGCUAUAACACUCGCUAAGAUGCUCCUUUUCAGAUUCGAGAACCAUGAAUACUCGAUUGAGAGAGAAUCAGCAACUCUAUGGCUUCCAACUAUCUUAGUUGAUAUCAGUAUUAUUGAGGUUCUCGCUGGUCUUGUUUUAUGGAUCGUGGAUAGGUAUCCUAUCUGGGUUGCUCUAUUGAUUGGACUGGAGGCUCUUGCACUUUUGCUCGGAAUAAUGGCUCUGGCUUGGAAGAUAUGGACAGAAGGACUCGCGCUGCAGCCACCGAAACUCAAUAAGUCUGGAGUUCAGUAA